ACUUGAGCGUCGAAACACUUAGAGGCAAUGUGGCUAGCUGUUGAGAUGCGCUAUUCGUUUAGCUCGAUCAUUAUUCUGUGACUAAAAUUUUUACCAGAAGAAAAAAACCAUGUUGGGUUUGAUCUUCAACGGUUUCUUGCUAACAGUCAAUUUACUUCUACGCGGAGGUAGUAACGUGUGGAUACCAUCUAACGUGCGGCCGCUAGGUUGUUACUCGCCAUUCAAUUUUCAAGCUGUGAUUGCAAACUCAGAUGGUACCGAAGUCGGAUUAUCAGAGUGUUUCAUGUGCUACACGAACUUUACACUGCUUCGCGGUGUGCAAUGCCUUUGCCUCGAGGACAGAAGAAUUGCUGAACUCAUCCGUGUGAAUGACUCCUACUGUGACAUACGCUGCGACGACAACUCUCAACCGAGCAACGUCAAUUCUUCGUUCAUGUGCGGCGGCAACCUCGGGGCUAAUCUUUAUUGCAACAAGCAAGCCGGAAAUAUUUGUCAUGCUAAUCCGAACCAACCUGCUGUAGAAAUCUAUCGCGAAUUCGACAAUAAUCAAGGAAACGGUUUCGAGCUUAUGGUUCCUUGUUUGGAGUAUGGAUGCGGUCAACCCGGUUUCAACGAUAAAUAUCAUCUUGAGUAUAUUGAAUAUUUUCCAAACUUGAAUCCAGAAGAUUGUGUUAUCUACUGUACUUACAUGAAAACUUCUUAUGCCCAUGUCGGAUGGAAUCCAGCCGGAAACAAAUUAUAUCCGGCAUGUGUUUGCUCCAAUGCUACGGGAGACCCUUACCUAACCGGCCCGCCAUGCGUCCAAGGAACAUGCCCUUCUCCACUGAAUCCAAUGAGAUUCAAUAACCGAGACGACGGUUAUUUGCCGACGAAUGGUUAUUUGCCGUCAUGUGGAAAUCAAGAUUUAGACGACCCUUAUUGGUCUAUCUUCUGCACGACGGCGAUCGUUAAGGAACCCAAUGAAACACAAUGCGCGGCUUUUCAAACGCCGCCUGACAGCUCUUGGGACACAUGUCCCACUUCGUCAACAUCCACACAGAAGGCCAGUUCUUCUUCCUUGACGACCCAACCGCCACAAAACACAAACUGUCCAUCGCACAGCAAGUCGAUAAUUCUGGGUUCUUAUGUGAAAUUAUGGGAGAUGCUAGACGUCGGUUCCUGCUCGAAUAACAGUCGCGUUUACAACGGUUCUUGCUACUUCAUCGAGUCACUGUCCGAAAAUGAGAUGGAAAAUGUCGACGUUUGGAGGAAUGCUUCCUCCAAUUACUGCAACAAACAUAACCACGGACACUUGCUGGCGAUUGAAACGGAAAAUGAGAAAAAUUUCAUCACAGGGGAAUUUCUUUCGGCUGGUUUUGAGGAAGAUGAAGGACUCAUGCGCCCUUAUCUGACCAGCGGCGUAAAAACCAGUCAAUCAACAGAGUUCUGGAGUCUGGCGAACAAUGCCCAGAUUCCGAUGAGCAACAUGAGUGGCUGGGGUGUUGAAUUGCUGAGUUGCGAAGAGGAAUAUCCUUCCUACCUGAUGCUGUACUACAAUCUGGAAACCCAAGGUUAUAGCAGCUGGGAAUUUACGCGGUUUGAGUUAAGUCGCCAUUUCAUUUGCGAGUAUGCCGAGCCGGAGAACAAUGAAAUCACUAGCCCUUCAACAACUUCUUCCACAACACCCACAACGACUUUUUCGACAACGUCAACUACAACAAUUCCUUCAACAACUCCUACUUCAACAACUACUCCUUCAACGACACUUUCCUCAACAACUUCUACUUCAACAACUCCUCCUACAGCAACUUCAACAACCCAAUCUUCGUCAACACCAUCAACGAUGACAGUAACAUCAUCAACUCCAUCUACGCCAACCUCCACUACCACACCAAUUCGAAAACGCACAACAACCGAGUCAGUUGUUGACAACACCACACCACCCACAAUGGAGACAACACAAGUUACUACGUCAACAACCACAUCGACUUUAGUACCUGAAUCAAGUUACAAACAGUGCCCGUGUGUCGGAACCGAUAUCUACCACAGCAACUGGACGAUUCCAGCUAACACAACUAAGCACCAGCAAUGUAGACCUGGUGCUAUAGGCAUGGCUUCAUGGGCCUGUGGAAUGAACGCCAACGGAUGUUAUUUCCGAACCACACAACCAAAUUUUUCCGACUGCUCCAGCAAAGAGCUUAGAGAGAUCGCUAAUGAUGUAGACAACUAUGAUACGGAGCUCAGUGCUGUGUGGGAUUCGCUGUCCAAUUUCACGCAACCAAACGAUCUCUAUUUUGGUCACGAAAUAGAAUACAUCCUCGGACUGAUUGUGGACCUUUUAGAUCGACAAGAUGAGCAGAUGAACAAUACCAUAAAUCAUCUCGAGUUUCAGAUUAAUACCACUCGCACAGGAGCGCAUAUCCUGGAUAAUCUUAUCUCUCACGACAUGCAAUGGGAUCAGCUAAAUCAGGUUAAUCGCUCUCAAACGGCGUUGAUUUUACUCAACGUUUCGGAAGACAUGUCAUUCCGGCUGACGGACGUGGCUGAAGUGGAUGGUCGAUCAUUGCGAUGCGAAAUAAAUUUGUCUAACGUCUCUCUCAGUUCGUCCUACUGGGACGGGGGACCGAAUGAUGUCCACGAUUGCUAUUUGAAUACAAUGGCUGCAUCCAACGUAUUCCAACAGUUUCCGCUUCCGGGUCAAUCUUACGACUCCACUUAUAUCCUGUUGCCGGAAGAAGCGAUUGCCAUCGGUCGAACACAUAAAGCUGCUGGUCUCCUCAUCUCUCAUUACAUUCUACAGCAACUCUUCCCAGGCCAGAAUAGCGUCGCUGGAGAUGAAAAACAGAUCAAUAGUCCACUGAUUAGCUACUCUCUGCGUAACGAAGAUGGACGAAAUCUGUGGAAAAGUGGUCAAAUUCCUGAAAAUUCCUUUGUUCAGAUUGUUUACAAACACGCGCUAGUGGCAAAAGAUCCACCGGUUCAAAUUAUUCACCGCGAGUUGGACCCUGGGGAAAUACCGAGUCCGGUCAUAGGAUCUGCAUUUUGUGCAUUUCUUUCCUUCUACGAAUCAAGUAAUGACACUGAUCGAAUGGCUUGGAUUUGGGAUGACCGCGGCUGCUCACUGAUAUCAACCAAUCGAACGCACACCCUUUGCAAGUGCAGUCAUCUGACGGGAUUCUCCACACUAAUGGAUUUUCACGAUUAUGCGGGUGAAUCCCGCCCAUUGGAAAUUACUAGCAUUGUGUGCAGUAUGGCUUCUGCCAUAUCAUUAGCCAUCACUUUUACAGUUCUCACCAUUCUCAGGUCAAUCAAGACAGACCGGACCAUUAUCACACAGCACUUGUGCAUUUUCCUAAUGAUUUCACACAUUUUGGCUUUGACAACGUUGGACCGCCAUUAUCUAAAAUUGGAUGAUGUAACUUGCGCCGCCAUGGGCGUUACCCUUCACUUUUGCCUCUUGGUUUCGUUCAUGUGGAUGGGGAUCGAGGGGGUUCGCCUAUGCAGGAUGGUUAUCUACGUCUUUAAUUUGUAUAAUUGGACUCUCUACUACAUCCUAGCCGCUAAUAUUGUCCCAUUUAUCAUCGUCGGCUCCACCAUUCUUGCAGCUUAUUGUACUACAGGAAUAAUCCCGGCUUAUGUUGGCGACGAAACGUGUUGGUUGAAUGGAGAUAACUACAAAUGGAGCUUUGCUGGCCCAGUCGUUGUCAUUAUCAUCGCAAAUGUUUUAUUUGCCGUAAUUGCUGUUCGCUCAUCGUGGAAUCUGAAGCAGAAUAUAGAUCGAUCUCUGGAAGAAAAAAUCAGGAAUGCUGCUGCAUUGUCAUUAUCGUUGACUUGCUUGCUUGGUAUCUCUUGGCUAACUGGCUUCUUCCUUUACAUGGAAACACAAGUCUUUGAAUAUAUUUUCACAAUUACAAAUGGUUUACAGGGAGUAACGAUAAUGUUAUUUCGGUGCGUGUUUAACGACGAAGUUUCCACCGCCAUAAAAGAACGUUGGAGACGCCAUAAAAGUAAUAGGUUGGGAAAAUGGUCGUCAACCAUGACCAAUAAUACAAACUCCCAGCACCGCAAAUCAGUUGCCGAUACUGACAACAACCCUAGAGUCAACAAAAAGCUAACUCAAACCAACAGCCGAUUAUCUACCUUGUCAAAUGCUACCAAAACUACAGAUGUGACCUACGCUUCCAGUACCAACAUUCAUCGUCCCGAACGAACUCACCGAAAAAAUAAUAUUCGUACUUUUUCAGGAACCGAGUUCUCGGAGACAGAGUACAGCAGUUCAGAAGCCCGUGGGUCGUUCAGCAGUACGGAAUCAUAUCGUCAUACUUUAGGAAAGCAGCAAAAAUCAGCUGGUAACAGUGGGGCUCGGGAAUCACGACGUGUCAGCUUUUUCUUCCAGGAACACACAUUACCCUCCACCUCAAUUUCUCCUGAUAUUCCCGAAGAAAUUUCUGAACAUGCAACUAUCAGCAGCAGACGGACCGGAAAUCUAACGUUUUAUGAACAGGACCCGUCCGUUUUUUUCUGACCACGGAAUCGAUGAAUACGAAAUAUAUCGAUGUAUACCGACAUAAAUCACGAAACUAUUUUCUACAUUUCAUUAAAAUGUAUGUAUCUCUCAUAGGAACAACUGCUUUCCUGGAAAAAAUCAUUUGUUAUUGUUUUCA